AUGUCUUCACGCCAGUUUGCGUACAUUCAAGCAUGUGCAGCACUGAUGCUGGCCUUGAACCAGACCACGUGUUACACAUGCUUGGUGAGAAGACUGGGGAAUCAUGCCAGCUACGCCCUAGGCAUGCUUUGGACCAUGGCCAUCACUUUGCCAAUCCCCUUCUAUUACACGGCAUGCGAACAAGCUCCUAUUGAAGUGGUGCGGCUGCUGCCCAUCACGGCCUGGCAGGCUACAAGCCAGUUUGGGUUUGCCAUUGCCUUCCCACUCUGCACUGUCCUAGUCAACAAGGAAUGCACGCAGAGCAACCGAGCAAUGGUGAAUGGCUGGUGCGGCUCACUGAACGCCCUCGCACGCGGCUUGGGGCCAGAGCUGGCCGGUGCUUUGGUUCACUUGGGGUGCUCCAUGGA